AUGGUUAAAAAGGAAAUUAAAAGUUUCCAGAUUAAGCCUUUCACAUCACUGCACUUCCUGUCAGAGCCUUCCGAUGCCGUCACCAUGCGGGGAGGAAAUGUCCUUCUAAACUGCUCUGCUGAGUCUGACCGAGGAGUCCCCGUUAUCAAGUGGAAGAAAGAUGGUGUCCACCUGGCCUUGGGAAUGGAUGAAAGGAAGCAGCAACUUCCAAAUGGCUCUCUGUUGAUACAAAACAUACUUCACUCCAGGCACCAUAAGCCAGAUGAGGGACUUUACCAAUGUGAGGCAUCUUUAGGAGAUUCUGGGUCAAUUAUUAGUCGGACAGCGAAAGUUGCAGUAGCAGGACCACUGAGGUUCCUAUCCCAGACAGAAUCUGUCACAGCCUUUAUGGGAGACACAGUGCUACUCAAGUGUGAAGUCAUUGGGGAGCCUAUGCCAACAAUACACUGGCAAAAAAACCAACAAGACAUGACUCCUAUCCCAGGAGACUCCCGAGUGGUGGUCUUGCCCUCUGGAGCCUUGCAGAUCAGCAGACUUCAACUGGGGGACAUUGGAAUCUACCGAUGCUUAGCUCGGAACCCAGCCAGCUCAAGAACAGGAAACGAAGCAGAAGUCAGAAUUCUGUCAGACCCAGGGCUGCACAGGCAGCUAUAUUUUCUGCAAAGACCGUCCAAUGUGGUAGCCAUUGAAGGAAAAGAUGCCAUUCUGGAGUGUUGUGUUUCUGGCUAUCCUGCCCCGAGUUUUACCUGGUUACGGGGAGAAGAAGUCAUCCAACUCAGGUCCAAAAAGUAUUCCUUAUUGGGUGGAAGCAACUUGCUUAUCUCCAAUGUGACAGAUGAUGAUAGUGGAACUUACACCUGCAUUGUUACAUAUAAAAAUGAGAAUAUUAGUGCCUCUGCAGAGCUCACAGUCUUGGUUCCGCCAUGGUUUUUAAAUCACCCUACCAACCUGUAUGCCUAUGAAAGCAUGGAUAUUGAGUUUGAAUGUUCAGUCUCUGGAAAGCCUGUGCCCACUGUGAAUUGGAUGAAGAAUGGAGAUGUGGUCAUUCCUAGUGAUUAUUUUCAGAUAGUGGGAGGAAGCAACUUACGAAUCCUUGGAGUGGUGAAGUCAGACGAAGGCUUUUAUCAAUGUGUAGCUGAAAAUGAGGCUGGAAAUGCCCAGACCAGUGCACAGCUCAUUGUCCCUAAGCCUGCUAUCCCAAGCUCCAGUGUCCUCCCUUCUGCUCCCAGAGAUGUGGUUCCUGUGUUGGUUUCCAGUCGGUUUGUCCGUCUCAGCUGGCGCCCACCUGCAGAAGCAAAAGGGAACAUUCAAACCUUCACGGUCUUUUUCUCCAGAGAAGGUGACAACAGGGAACGAGCAUUGAACACAUCCCAGCCUGGGGCGCUUCAGCUUACUGUGGGAAACCUGAAGCCAGAAGCCAUGUACACCUUCCGAGUUGUGGCCUACAAUGAGUGGGGACCAGGGGAGAGUUCUCAACCCAUUAAAGUGGCCACUCAGCCUGAAUUGCAAGUUCCAGGGCCAGUAGAAAACCUGCAAGCUGUAUCUACCUCACCUACCUCAAUUCUUAUUACCUGGGAACCCCCUGCCUAUGCAAACGGUCCAGUCCAAGGUUACAGAUUGUUCUGCACUGAGGUGUCCACGGGAAAGGAACAGAAUAUAGAGGUUGAUGGACUAUCUUAUAAGCUGGAAGGCCUGAAAAAAUUCACGGAAUAUACUCUUCGAUUCCUAGCUUAUAAUCGCUAUGGGCCUGGAGUAUCUACUGAUGACAUAACAGUGGUUACACUUUCUGAUGUGCCAAGUGCCCCGCCUCAGAACGUCUCCCUGGAAGUAGUUAAUUCAAGGAGUAUCAAAGUAAGCUGGCUGCCUCCUCCGUCAGGCACACAAAAUGGAUUUAUUACCGGCUAUAAAAUUCGACACAGAAAGACGACCCGCAGGGGUGAGAUGGAAACAUUGGAGCCCAACAACCUCUGGUACCUCUUCACAGGACUGGAGAAAGGAAGUCAGUACAGUUUCCAAGUGUCGGCCAUGACAGUUAAUGGCACUGGACCACCUUCCAACUGGUACACAGCAGAGACUCCUGAGAAUGAUCUGGAUGAGUCUCAAGUCCCUGACCAACCAAGCUCUCUUCAUGUGAGGCCCCAGACCAACUGCAUCAUCAUGAGUUGGACUCCUCCCUUGAACCCAAACAUUGUGGUGCGAGGUUACAUUAUUGGUUACGGUGUUGGGAGCCCUUAUGCUGAGACAGUACGUGUGGAUAGUAAACAACGAUAUUAUUCCAUUGAGAGAUUAGAGUCAAGUUCCCAUUAUGUAAUCUCCCUAAAAGCUUUUAACAAUGCAGGAGAAGGAGUUCCACUUUAUGAAAGUGCCACCACCAGAUCUCUAACAGAUCCCACUGACCCCAUUGAUUAUUAUCCUUUGCUUGAUGAUUUCCCCACCUCGGUCCCAGAUGUCUCCACCCCCAUGCUCCCACCAGUAGGUGUACAGGCUGUGGCUCUUACCCACGAUGCCGUGAGGGUCAGCUGGGCAGACAACUCUGUCCCUAAGAACCAAAAAACAUCUGAAGUGCGACUUUACACUGUCCGGUGGAGGACCAGCUUUUCUGCGAAUGCGAAAUACAAGUCAGAAGAUACAACAUCUUUGAGUUACACAGCAACAGGCCUCAAACCCAACACGAUGUAUGAGUUCUCUGUCAUGGUAACAAAAAACAGAAGGUCAAGCACGUGGAGCAUGACUGCCCAUGCCACCACAUAUGAAGCAGCCCCGACCUCUGCCCCCAAGGAUUUGACAGUCAUUACAAGAGAAGGGAAGCCUCGUGCUGUCAUUGUGAGUUGGCAGCCUCCCUUGGAAGCCAAUGGGAAAAUUACUGCUUACAUCUUGUUUUAUACCUUGGACAAGAACAUACCCAUUGACGACUGGGUGAUGGAAACAAUCAGUGGUGAUCGGCUUACUCACCAAAUCAUGGAUCUCAACCUUGACACAAUGUACUACUUUCGAAUUCAAGCACGAAAUGCAAAAGGAGUGGGGCCCCUCUCUGAUCCCAUCCUCUUCAGGACUCUGAAAGUAGAACACCCUGACAAAAUGGCUAAUGACCAAGGUCGUCAUGGAGAUGGAGGUUAUUGGCCAGUUGAUACUAAUUUGAUUGAUAGAAGCACUCUCAAUGAGCCACCCAUUGGCCAGAUGCACCCCCCACAUGGCAGUGUCACUCCUCAGAAGAACAGCAACCUGCUUGUGAUCAUUGUGAUCACCGUUGGCGUCAUCACAGUGCUGGUGGUAGUGAUCGUGGCUGUGAUUUGCACCCGGCGCUCUUCAGCCCAGCAGAGAAAGAAGCGGGCCACCCACAGUGUUGGCAAGAGGAAGGGCAGCCAGAAGGACCUCAGGCCCCCUGACCUUUGGAUACAUCAUGAAGAAAUGGAGAUGAAAAAUAUCGAGAAGCCAUCAGGUACUGACCCUACAGGAAGGGACUCUCCCAUCCAAAGUUGCCAAGACCUCACACCAGUCAGCCACAGCCAGUCAGAAACCCAACUGGGAAGCAAAAGCACCUCUCAUUCAGGUCAAGACACUGAAGAAGCAGGGAGCUCCAUGUCCACUCUGGAAAGGUCACUGGCUGCACGUCGAGCCACUCGGGCCAAGCUCAUGAUUCCUAUGGAUGCCCAGUCCAACAAUCCUGCUGUCGUGAGUGCCAUCCCUGUGCCAACCCUGGAAAGUGCCCAGUACCCAGGAAUCCUUCCAUCUCCCACAUGUGGAUACCCCCACCCACAGUUUACCCUCCGGCCCGUGCCAUUCCCCACACUGUCAGUGGACCGAGGUUUCGGAGCAGGAAAAACGGUGAGUGAAGGACCAGCCACCCAACAGCCACCCAUAUUGCCCCCAGCACAGCCUGAGCAUCCCAGCAAUGAGGAGGCACCAAGCAGAACCAUCCCCACAGCCUGUGUUCGACCAACUCACCCACUCCGCAGCUUUGCUAAUCCUUUGCUACCUCCACCAAUGAGUGCAAUAGAACCGAAAGUCCCUUACACGCCACUCUUGUCUCAGCCAGGGCCUACUCUUCCCAAGACUCAUGUUAAAACAGCCUCUCUUGGGUUGGCUGGAAAGGCAAGAUCUCCUUUGCUUCCUGUAUCUGUGCCAACGGCCCCUGAAGUAUCCGAGGAGAGCCACAAAGCAACAGAGGAUCCAGCCAAUGUGUAUGAACAGGAUGAUUUGAGUGAGCAGAUGGCAAGCUUGGAAGGGCUAAUGAAGCAACUUAAUGCAAUCACAGGCUCGGCCUUUUAA